AUGGAACUGUGCUCCGCGCAAGACCUUUCAUAUCUCGGAGUUAUCAACAAAGAUACAAAGUUCAACCUGAAUGGUACCGGAUUCUGUGACGCUGCAAAUGCUACCAGGAAGUACGAGAACGCUCUAGCAGCUAUUGCGAAGUAUCACCCGACUUCUGAGACUGCUACAGCACUCGACUUUGCUGUCAAAGCACAGCCGCAUGCUGCACACAGUAUCCCGGGAGCACGCGCAAAUUCUAUUGAUGACGAUAUCACUGGCAAUUUAGAAAUUGGGGAGGAUCCAGAGCAUUUUGUGGUUCAUCUCGUUAGUAUGCACAAAAGCGAAUCAGGACAAUCUCGCAAGGAAUGGAUCGAGGAGCUUAAGAAGAUCGCGAACGACAAACUCAAAGAAGCUUCGCGUGUCAAAGCUUUGCUUAAGAUAAUCCGUUACGCAAUGAAACCUAUUCAGGUGAAAAGAUUGUCGUCCACAGCUGCUUCCUACGAUUUAUGA